AUGGCAAAAACUACAUCUGCAAAACAUGCCAUAAAUAAUUUAUUUGUUGAUGAAACCUCUACUGAACUUGCUGCAUUAGAGAAACUUGAACAAAUGCUUGUUGCCCAGAGAAUAGUUUUUGAAAAAAUUGUAAUAUUGCCCAAAGGACAACAAAGAAAAAUUAAAGGUGCGAUAUGUAAUGUACCAGUUGAAUGUAGUCAAACAUGCAAUGUUCUUCCCAGACCACCUGACAGAUCUGGGAUAAUUUUACUUAAAUUAAAAAGGAAACUUCUAUUCAGAGGUUAUAUUUACUUUAAGCAGUUCGCCCUCAGUUUGUAAUUAGUGCAUUAAACUGGCUCAUAGCAAACAAUCCCUUAUAUGGAAACAUUGAAGUUCAAUGUGACAACAUCAGCACAGAGUUGACUAAUUUGAACUGUCUUGUUACAGAUCAAGAAAGUGUAGACGCGCAUUUGCAAACUAAUAUAAAUAGAGAACUUCUUAAUGAAGAUGCUGAAGAACAAGAUCCAUUAAAUGAACACCGUUCAGCUGCAACUGAAACCUGUCUUCAGUCCAUCUUGCCAAAUUAUCCUGUAAACGUGGACAAUAGAAACUGUGAUAAUUCAACAGGUAGAUAAAUUUUCAACAUUGCACCAGGUGAAGGCAAACACCCAGUAUCAUUGAUGACUGAUUACCCUGGAACCAGAGGGUAUUUAUUUUCGCCUGUUUUGAAUAACCCUCUGGUGAAAUUGGCCUAGUUUUUGGGUUCACAUUCCACGCAUAACUUUCAAAAAUGGAAGCAAAGAGUUGAUUGGCUGCUGACUAUAGGUUCGAUAGACUACGUGUUCUGAUUGGAUAUUGUAAACAUCAUAGCCUGUUCGCAGGCGUUUCGUGUUUUGAUUGAAUUGAAACAUUUGAAUUUUGAAAUGUCUAUAUUAUUAAAUAAACGAACAAAAGUCGAAAGAAGCAGUUUUAUAGGCUGCAUUAAUAGAUAGAUUGAUAAAUUUCCUGAAUUAAAAGUUUAACGGAGCAUCAAUACCGCGCCUUGUCCAAUUUGAUUCACAUUAAAGAUGUAUUUGCAUCUUGCUAUCGGCUAUGGGAAGAGUUUAAUAUUCCAAAGUUCUAACACCGAGAGUAGCAUGACGACUUGGCAAAAGCCACAAUUUUCUGGAGAAACCCAUCUUAAUAGUCAUUUGCAAAUUGAACUCUUUCAUUGACUCUCACGUCCGUGAACUAAGAAAGCGUGGAUGCCGUGUUACUUCACUGUCAAACGAAGAGGACGAGAAAGCAAUACUAUAUGGAGAGAUUACAUUCGCAUUUUGUAAUCCCGAGUUUAUUAUUCGAAAUGCGAAAUGGAGAGGAAUGGUUUCAUUUGAAAUCUACAAGACAAAUUUGCUUGCUUUUGUAUUAACAGACAAAGUUCACGUCGGCCCAAAGAGGUGUGUUUAAUAAAUUUAUAAAAUACAGAUUUUUUUGAAUGUAUAUUGCAGGAUUAAUAAAUUGAAUGUAUUGCAAGAUUAAAGUGAAUGAAUAUAAAUAUAUAUUUAUAUUAAAUUGAAUAAUAGAUGUGAUGUUUUAAAUUGAAUGAAAUUCAGGAGAUCUAGAAUGAAUAUUGCUACAAAUGGGCAGGCAUACACUGGACAGUAAACAUGCGAUAAAACCCUGUCUAGACGGCCUGGCGUCAAGGAUAAUGAUUGGAUAAUAUUUUUAGAAUAUGAUGCAUUAAGCCAUUAUACAUUUUUUGCAUUCUUUAUCCUAACCAGGAAUCGCUAACAAAUUCACCAGAGGUUUUUCCUUUUUCUUCGCGCGUUUUCUCGCAUUUCGCGUUCGGCAAACCUACAAAAACCUCUGGGCCAGGGUAAUGACUGAUAAGCUUUGUGAGGAACUUUCAUUUCCAGUACUCUUUCCAAAAGGACGAUUUGGGUACACCGUUGAACGAGACAUUAAAUUAUCUCCGAUAAAAUAUUUCAAUGCUCGCCUCUUGCAUUAUAGUGGGAAAUUUGCAACCAAUCCAGAGUAUCUAUUCUUUGCACAAUUCAUUAUGGAACAGAAAAAGAUCUCUGAUAGUAUAAAUAUAGCUCUUAAAAAAAUACAUGGGCAGUCAGUCACAGCAUCAGAAGUGAAAUCAAACAGUCAAGCUUUUCAAAAUCUUCUUUUGCAAGAUCAAGCAUAUUUGUUUUUACGACAAAUUCCUGGCUCACCUCCUUACUGGCAAAAAAUUCAUGUAAGAAGUGGUAGCAAUGGUUAA